UGCAGAGGGGGGCAAACAGCAGUGUUCCUGUCUCUUUUGUCCUGUUUUUCCCGGCAGGGACGGACGAUGAGAGUGGAAGGCACCGAGUAGUGGCUCAGCAGGGACGCUCUCGAUCUGCUUUAAAACUAGUUCAGUGUUCUCCAGGACUUACUGCGGUGAUGGAGAAAGCUGCUGUGCUGCUGCUGUUCUUCUGCUGCCUGGUCAUGUCUUUGUCAGGCUCCCCGCUCUACCCGUCCAUCAGGUUUGGCCAAAGGGACACGUCCAUCCUCAUGACGUCUUCCCUGAAGAAUCCGGCAGAGCAGCAGGACGAAGACGGGAUCUCUCUGAGGGACGGAGAGGAGCUGCGCUCUGAACGUCACGCGGAUGCCAUCUUUACCAACAGUUACAGGAAGGUCUUGGGCCAGAUCUCUGCCAGGAAGUUCCUUCAGACUAUCAUGGGCAAACGGCUCGGAGAUGAAAGUGAGAGCUACAUGAAACGUCAGUCAGACAUCUAUGAGGGGACGUUUAAAGAAGAUCUCACAUCCAUCCAGAGCGAUCAGAGGUACAGAGGAGGGCGGGGGAACGUCAUGAGACCCAGAAGUUGAGGAUUAACUGAAGAGGGGGAGCCAUCACUGAUUGGGUUCUUUUGCUUUAUCUGUAUUUGUAUUCUAUUUAUUUGUAUUGUAUUAUAACUUUAUUUGUAUUCUAUACAAAUAAAGUUAGUAAUAUUGUCUUUUGU